CCGGGGCGGGCGGCGGCGCAAAAUGGCGGACAGGUUCUCCCGCUUCAACGAGGACCGGGACUUCCAGGGCAAUCACUUUGAUCAAUAUGAAGAAGGGCACCUGGAGAUAGAGCAAGCAUCUCUAGACAAGCCUAUAGAAUCGCCCAGUUUUUAAAGCCAGGAUAAUAUUGGACACCGCUUACUCCAGAAACAUGGGUGGAAGCUGGGCCAGGGAUUGGGAAAGUCACUGCAGGCCUUAGUCUGAAGACCUGGGAGCUUGUAAUUGGACUUCCCUGCCCCUACAGUGACCCCAUUAGAGACAUAAUGUCUGUGCUGUGGAGGACUGUUGGAGAGCGUUAUGAUCCUGGACUUGUUGUGGUGAUGGUAAACUUAGCAGUGGGAGGACGGAUCCCAUCCCGAUUGUCGUCAAGUACGAUGUCAUGGGCAUGGGGCGGAUGGAGAUGGAGCUUGACUACGCCGAAGAUGCCACUGAGCGGAGGCGUGUACUGGAAGUGGAGAAAGAAGACACCGAGGAGCUGAGGCAGAAAUACAAGGAUUAUGUUGAUAAAGAAAAGGCAAUUGCCAAGGCUUUGGAAGACCUCAGAGCAAACUUCUACUGUGAACUCUGUGACAAGCAGUAUCAAAAGCAUCAAGAGUUUGACAACCACAUAAACUCUUAUGAUCAUGCUCACAAGCAGAGGUUGAAAGAUCUCAAGCAAAGGGAAUUUGCUCGCAACGUCUCCUCGAGAUCGCGUAAAGAUGAAAGGAAGCAGGAGAAAGCCCUCCGACGUCUUCAUGAACUGGCUGAACAGAGAAGGCAGCCUGAAUGCGCUCCUGGAAGCGGACCCAUGUUCAGAACCACCACCGUGGCUGUGGAUGAGGAAGGUGGAGAUGAUGAUGAUUCUGCAGCCAACAGCGGUUCUUUUGUCCAAACAAUGUCUGGCCAAACUUCAGAGAUGACAAUGGACAGAGGUUUUCUUAACACUGGACAAGUUGGUGGCACCCUUAUGCCAGGCCAAGUGCCCCUCCAGUCAGCUCAAGCAAUCAGUUUUGGCAUUAAGAGCGCUUUGGGAACUCCACUGCAAAAGAUAGGUGUGUCAUUUUCAUUUGCUAAGAAGACUCCGGUGAAGCUUGAGACCAUAGCUUCUGUUUUCAAGGACCAUGUGGAAGAAUCAAGUUCUGCAGAUGGAGGAAAAGCUGAUGAGAGAGGGUCCUCAGAUGCAGGAAGUCUGCAGAAAUCUGGUGAGGGUGAAAGCACAAAUAAUUCUGAUGGCAAGACGGAGGAAGAUGACCAGCAUGACAAAGAUAGUGGCUCUCUGGCCACUACGUUAUCUAAACUGAAAAAGAUGAGACGAGAAGAUGGACCAAUGGCAGUUGAACCAGAAUACUAUCAUUAUAUUCCCCCAGCCCACUGUAAAGUAAAGCCUAAUUUUCAAUUCCUGCUUUUCAUGAAGUCUACAGAACAAAUGGAAGCUGAAAAUGUGAAUAAAAAAACCACACAUGAAGUCAAAAAGGGUAAUUCUCCAAAACCCAAACCCAGCAAGCAUGCAGAGAAGGCUGCUGAGAGCACAGUGCAGCAGAAGGAACAGAGUACUACUGAAACUAUUGCUCAGCAGAGCAAAACGGAGCUAAAAGAAGUUCCAGAAAAUGCAAGUAUGCAGGAGGGCAAGCAUCUUACAGAGAGCAAUCUCCCAGAGCCAGACACUAAUAAGGAAGUCACUCAGCCUGUCCCAAGCAGUAAAGAUGGCACUGAAGGACCAAAACAUCCAACAGGACCUUUUUUUCCAGUUCUGAGUAAAGAUGAGAGCACUACUCUCCAGUGGCCUUCAGAGCUGCUCAUAUUUACCAAAGCAGAACCUUCUGUUUCAUACAGUUGUAAUCCCCUGUAUUUUGACUUCAAGCUGUCUCGCAACAAAGAUGCUAAAGGCAAAGGGGCAGAGAAAUCCAAGGAUCCAGGAGGCCUUUGUAAAGAAAAUGUUCAGACUCUAGAAUCUGGAGAGAUGAGCAAACCCAAGGAGGCAGAAAGCAUAGCUAACAGUUCUGCUGGGAAAAUGGAAAGUAAAUCUCUGUCUGCCUGUGGCUCCCAGAACAAGCAGGAAUCUAACUUCGCAAACAUGAGUAAGGUAGAGGGAGACGACAGUAGUAAAAAUGUAACUGGUAAGAAUAAAUCUGGAAAAUCCCAUAAACAUAAAAAGAAAAAGAAGCACAAAAAGUCCAGCAAACACAAACGUAAACACAAGGAAGAACCUGAUGAGAAGAGCCGAAAAACUGACCUGGGGGAAGAGAAACCCAAGAAACGGAAAAAACACAGACACAAGAAACUCAAAUCAUCUUUUUCUACUGAAUCAGAACGGGCACUGAAAACCGAACUGUCUGAGGACUGUAGCCAUUUCCAGAAGAAAAAGCGGUGCUCUCAGGAGUUGCAGAGGAAGUCUCUGUCUGCUGAAGAGGGAAGUAGCGGUAAGAAAGAGGACAGUGGUAACUCCUGCCAAGAGCAUGGCAGCAAGAAACACAAGGCUGACCUGCAGCAGCUGCCGGCUGCCAGGAGGCGGUGUGCUGGCCCCUCUCUGGGCAGGUCCGGCCGCAGGAGCCGGCAGAGCAGUGGGGAUUACGACAGCGACGAGGGCUCCCACAGGAAGCACUCCCGGCAGAAAUCUCCCUCGCAGUACAGCGAUGACUACGACUCUGGCAGCGACCACUCCAGGAGCCGCUCCAGGUCGGGGCGGAGGCACUCAUCUCGGCGGUCCUACUCCACCAGUUCCGAUGCUUCUUCAGACCAGAGCAGGUACAGCCGCCGGAGAAGUUACUCGGAUGACAGCUACAGCGACUACAGCGACCGGUCGAGGUGCCACUCAAAGAGGUCCCACGACUCAGAGGAUGACUCUGACUACAACAGCUCAAAUCACAGAUCAAAGCGGCGCAAGUACUCCUCUUCUGAAGACGACUACAGCUCGAGUCGGAGCAGGUCAAGGAGUCGAAGCAGGAGCCGAACCCCCCCUCGAGGAAGGUCAAGAACACGGAGUCGAGGCAGAACACGAAGCAGCAGCUGUAGCCGCAGUCGAAGCAAGAGGAGGAGCCGAAGUGUGACAGGUCGCAGCUGGAAACGAAGUCGCAGCUACAGCCGGGAUCGCAGCCGCAGUACGAGAAGCCACUCACAGAGGUCGCUCUCGCGAAAGGGCUCUCGAGGCCAUGAGAGCCCUGAAGAGAGGCGGUCAGGGAGAAGAGACUUCAUCAGGUCCAAAAUCUAUCGCUCACAGUCUCCUCACUACUUCCGAACAAGCAGAAAUGAAGGAGCUUUGAAGAAGGAGGACGGCAAAGGCGAGGAUCUCAAAGGGUCUGGCUCUCUCUCCCAGAACAGCAGCAGCAGCUCUGGCACCGGGAGGGCCUCGGAAGGUGACUGCAGUCCAGAAGAGAGAAACUCCGUGACUGCAAAACUUCUCCUGGAAAAGAUCCAGUCCAGGAAGGUUGAGAAGAAGCCCUGUGUUACUGAUGAAAUGCUAGCAGGGGCAAACAAGGUGGGCAUAAAACUCAAAGACCCUCCACAGGGCUACUUUGGCCCCAAGCUUCCUCCUUCAUUAGGCAACAAACCAGUUCUCCCUUUAAUUGGGAAAUUGCCAACCAUCCGAAAACCAAAUGCAAAAAGAUAUGAAGAGUCUGGCUUAGAGAGGGGCGAAGAGCAAGAGCUAUCGGACUCUGAGGAUGCUUCCCAAGGCGUGGAGGAGACUCAGUUGGCCGGCCAGUCUCUCCUGGAAGAAGUGGUGAUGGUUAUGCAGGACAAACCUCUAGAUGAGCAGAAACGCGACGAACCCACUGUGGAGAUGUCGUCCAUUCCCCUCGAAGCACCAGCGCUGCCCGAGUGCUUUAGUUCUGGGGAUCUGGUCAUGCAGCACAACUUCCUCUCGGACCCGAGCGAUGGCGAUGCAUUGGAACCCAUGGACGGGGGCAGCCAGCCUGUGCCUGUGGAAGCCAGUAUGAUGCCCUUGGUCCCUGAUGUGGAGCAUUUUCCCGGCUACGUGCCUCAGAGCGGGGAGCCGAGCAUCGAAGGAGACCGAGAAGGAGGAGAAGAUGCCUCUCUGGCACCACUUGAGAGCCAGCCCAUCACUUUUACACCCGAAGAGAUGGAGAAGUACAGCAAACUGCAGCAGGCUGCUCAGCAGCACAUCCAGCAGCAGCUCCUCGCAAAGCAGGUCAAGGCCUUUCCUGCCUCCACCGCGCUGGCGCCAGCAGCGCCUGCCCUGCAGCCCAUCCACAUCCAGCAGCCGGCGGCGGCAUCCGCGACCUCCAUCACCACUGUGCAGCACGCCAUCCUGCAGCACCAUGCCGCUGCGGCCGCCGCCGCCAUCGGCAUCCACCCCCACCCCCACCCCCAGCCUCUUGCUCAGGUUCAUCAUAUACCCCAGCCCCACUUGACGCCCAUCUCGUUAUCCCACCUGACCCACUCGAUUAUUCCGGGGCACCCUGCUACGUUUCUAGCCAGCCACCCCAUCCACAUCAUUCCGGCAUCAGCCAUCCAUCCGGGCCCCUUUACUUUUCACCCAGUUCCUCAUGCUCUUUACCCGACCCUUCUUGCCCCAAGACCCGCUGCUGCUGCGGCCGCUACAGCGUUACAUCUUCACCCCUUGCUGCACCCCAUUUUCUCAGGUCAGGACUUGCAGCACCCCCCGAGUCACGGCACAUGAAGGACGAGCGACGUAACCUUGGAGGAAGGAGAAUAUUUUGCAUUUUGGGAAGGGGUUGAAGCUGAUCUAGCUGGCAGGUGAGGCCUGAGAAUUUCCUUUCACUCUUUAGCAGCCAAAGAAGCCAGGCGUGGCCGGAGGGCUGGGUAGCAGCGGGCGGCAGGGCAGUCCGCAGGCGCUGUGUGCAGCCACUGCCAGCAGCUGUCGUGGCCCCGCCGCCACCGCGUUCCUAGCGCUGUGCCGGAGGAGUCUUCUCGAGCACAGACAGGCAAGGCACUCGGAAAGGCUUUUUCCCUGGAUUCUUACACUUAGUCAUUCUCCUGCCGCCAUGUGUAAGUGAUAUUCUGUGCACACUAAUAGGUCUCUAAAAUCCUUUUAAUGAGGUCAUCUAAUUAAAAUAGUCAGCAUGAUUGAAUCGUGCUUGUAAUCAGCGAUGAAACAUUCAGUAACUGACAGCUGUGGAUCCCGGCAAGGAGACUGAUGGAAGGGCAGCGCCCCUCUUGUUUUGUCUGGGCCAGUACCAGUUUUCAGGCAUUGCAGGAGAUUUCCUGGCAUCCUACUGCUGCGUCCUUGGGUUUCUUUUUUCUUAAUGUAAGCAGCAAAGGUGGAAAUAAGAUCUAAUUUUGAAGCAGAAGUGAACGGAAGAGCUGUGUGUGUGCUCCAAGCCCUGACCCUUCUCCAUCCUGCAUUAACAUUCUCCUGUGUGAGGACUGCACCUUGACACCUUCUGUACAUUGUGAACUGGAGAGAGGUUCUCAGAUCAGUAGUUUGUGAUUUCAGUCUAGGCUUUGACCACUCUUCUCCUGGGAAAGAAAGGGAAAAAAAAAUCUGCUCUGACCUCCAUCUUUAGAGGUGUUGCAAAAGAGGCUCUCAGCUGAGAGAGAAGAAAAAUCCCUUUAGGAACUGAAGCAAUACAGAGGACCGGGGAGAGUGAUGGGAGUAUGUAAAGUGUGUUCUUUCCUCUGUAAUACUGAUGGUUUCCUUAUUAAUUUAUAGGAUUUUUUUUUAAUGUAAAGAAUUGCACUGAACUCUGUAAACAAAGAUGCUGCUUUUUGUAGCUCAUAUAAAAAGGUUACAUUUGUAGUAUACCGCAAUAAUAUUUUUUACAGCCAGUUCUUUUAGUGGUACUUGUUCUGGUGGCUUUUGUGUAAAUAUGUUUGCCGUAGGUGAAAUAAGACACUUGUAAAGGUUCAACUUUAUAGUUUCAGCUAGAUGCAAAAUGAACUAAGCAUGUAUAUUUUAUCAAGCUCAUGUAUUUUUGAAGUUUUUAUGUACUAUAAGAUGUAAAAAAAAAAAAAAAUCCACCUUCAUUUAGCGUUUUGCAGAAGAAAAACGUGCGACUCGGUAUACAUGAGGUGCGUGGACGACACCGGUGACUCUAACAGCUAAUGAACGGCAUCGUGUGGAAGGUGCUGGCUUUGGGAGCGGUGUACUCGGGGAAGCAGCGGGGGCUUGCUGCAUGCUCCUGGUCUGUACUAAGCAGCUACUUAUAGGAAUUGACACUGGAGGCUGUCUCAGGAGUGUCAGGAAUUGGGGUUGUCUCCCCCAGAGUGCAGAAUUCCUUCCCCUUCCCCCCCACUCUUUUCUUACCCCCCAGGUUUGUACCGGCUGUGCAGUCCGUACUGUCUCCUGCUGACAGAAGAACCUUUCAACCACCACCGUUCACCACUGUACACACAGGGCCAGGGGCUUUGGUUUGUAACGGAUCCAUUGUGCCCACACCCCUCCGUGGUGGGGCGUGAGGGAUUUCUGUUCCUUCCUGCAUUGUUCCCUGGCGCAGGGUAGCACCAACCACAGGGGCUUUGAGGCCAACACAAAGAGCUGUUGGCCCCAGGACCUGGGUUGGGUAUUUUGGGUUCGGGUUCUCCUGGUGUUAGUGCAGGUUUGGGGCAUGCCUGUGAACCAAUUCCACUUCCAGGCCCUGCCCUCACGGUUGGUUUUGGCGGCCCGGUUUUGGAGCAGGCGGCCGCGGCUCUGCUCGGUGCCGUUCCCUCCCUCCCUCCUCUCCAGAAGCACAGAACUGAGACCCAGGGGCAGACCAAAAGGAUCGAAAACUCUGAGCUUCCUCAUUAUUUAAACAAGAGCCUUUGCAUUUGGACAGGUUGGACUGAAUCACAACGGUCAGAAAAGGGACUCAAUUUAUCUGUAAAUAAUUAACAGAAUACAGUAUUAAUGUUUCAGUGCUGAGCUUCAUUAGCUUCUAGAUUCAAUAUGCGUGUUCUGGCACCCUUCACACUGCAGUCAGGAUUUUUUGUUUUUUUUGUUUUUGACUUCCGGAAUAGUGCUAAAAAUAAUUAACCUAUCAUUACUUAACGAGCAUAAACAGACUGUAUUUAACUUUGUCACAUAAGAUAUAUAUAAAUAUAUAUAUAUGCUGUAAAAUGAGGGGGGAAAAAAAACCUUUCUAAUAAACCAAUGAUUUGUGGAAAAA